AAAAAUUUAGGUUUGACAGUGUUUCUCACAUUCUACUUAUUGAUUGGAUAUGGAACCUUAUUGUUAAGCAAUUUGAUCGGCUUUUUAUACCCUGCAUAUGCAUCAAUUAAAGCGGUCGAAUCUAGUGGAAAAGAUGAUGACACAAAAUGGUUGACAUAUUGGGUGGUAUUUUCAUUUAUUACUCUUAUUGAAUUACCUGCUGCAAUUUUACUAAGCUGGAUACCAUUUUAUUCUUUAAUCAAAACAAUCUUUUUUGUGUGGUGUUUUAUACCAAUCAGCAAUAAUGGUUCUGUGGUUGUAUACAAUAGAUUUAUACGUCCAUACUUUUUAAAACAUCAAGGAGAUAUUGAUCAAGCAGUAAAUGAUCUUUCAAAAAAAGCUACUGAUGUUGCAUUUGAGAAGUUAGUUACUGCAAAAGUCAAUUAAUAACACAUUUAGUUUUGGUGUACUAUUUGUUGAACAUUCAUUAUCAAGGUUUUCAUCAAUAAAAUUGAAAAGGGUAAGUUUCUGUGAUAGAAAAUACUUAACUAAAACAUAUUUUGCUCUUAGUGAUAACUUAUAAGUAUAAAAAUAAGUUAAUGGUGUGUAGUUUUUUAUGUACAAAACUAUCUGUUUGUAUUAUGCCAUAAUAUUGGUAUGUAGAAUUUUUAAUAGUCUGGAUCACUCCAGAAUUGUAUAAUCAUUGAUAGUUUUUAUUAUCUUCAAUCGAAAUUGUUGACGUUUUUGUACU